AUGAACUAUGCUAUGAUUGAGUUAGAGUGUCUUGGACUGGUAUUUGGCUUGAAGAAAUUCCACCAGUGGGUGUAUGGGAAAAAAGUCAAAGUAGUUACAGACCACUUACCAUUGAUAGCUAUAUGUAAGAAACCCUUAUUUGCUGCACCUGUUAGGUUACAGCGGCUGCUCUUAAACAUUUCACAGUAUGAUAUAGAUGUCACUUAUAGGCAGGGAACUCAGAUUCCUUUACCAGAUACUUUGUCUAGAUUUCCGGUAAAGGAUACAGAUCCGUCCCUGACGGAAACUGUAGAAGUCCAGGUUAAUAUGGUCAAAAGAAGCUUACCGAUAAGUGACCGGAAAUUACAAGAAAUCAAGGUCAAUACUGACAGGGACGAACAACUUUUGUCCCUGAAGCAAGUCAUUAUUGAAGGUUGGCCUGAUGAAAGAAAUCACUGCAAGUCAGAACUGCUAGAUUUCUGGAAUUACAGGGAUGAGCUUACCGUCAUGGAUGGGGUAAUAAUGAAGGGUCACAAAAUUGUUAUUCCUAAAUCCCUAAGGGCAGACUUAUUGUCAAAACUACAUUCUUCAAGUCAUAUGGGAAUAGAGAAAACAAUAAGUAGAGCAAGUGAUAUUGUUUUCUGGCCUAGAAUCACCCAGGAAAUUAAAGAUCUCGUUCUGAAAUGUCCUGUAUGUUUGCAACACAGAGACUCAAACCAGAAAGAACCGCUUGUCUACACCCAAGUUCCAGAAUACCCAUGGCAGGUAGUUGGCACAGACCUAUUUGAGUUCAAUGGCAAAGACUUUUUGAUAGUCGCUGACCAUUAUUCACAUUACUUUGAGGUCAAAGAGCUGCCUAACUGUAGAAGUUCGACAGUUAUAAGUAGGCUCAAAGGCAUAUUUGCUAGAUUUGGCAUACCAGAAAUUGUAGUAUCUGAUAAUGGGCCAUGCUAUGCAUCUCAUGAGUUUGCAAACUUUGCAAAGCUCUGGGAUUUUACACACCAGACCACAAGUCCCUACCACAGCUCCGGUAAUGGUUUUGCGGAAGCGCACGUGAAAAUUUGCAAGCGCAUUUUCACGAAGGCCAGAGCAUCAGGCACCGACCCAAUGAUAGGAAUACAAGAAUAUAGGGUUACAAAACUUAAAAUAGGUUUUUCACCCAGUGAAAUCAUGUUCCAACGUCAAAUUAGGUCAGUGUUGCCAGUUGCUAGGUCACAAUUACUUCCCCGGCAAAUCUCACACAAGGUCAUUCGUGAGAAAUUGUCAGCAAACAAGGAAAGGGAGAAAGUGUAUUAUGAUAUGACAGCCAAGCAUUUACCACCAUUAGAAAUAGGAGAUUCGGCACGAAUUCAGCAAGCAAAUAAAAAUUGGAGUCCUGCAGUAGUAGUGCAAAAACACCAUGAUAGGUCAUACUCUGUUAAAACACCUGACGGUAACACAUAUCGUCGCAAUAGGAGGCAUUUGUUACAAACCAAUGAAUCAAAAGAGUGCAUACCUGAAGUUGACAUGCAAAAUGUGGAAAAUAACAACCUUUCGGCGCCUCAAGAAAAUUCUGACUGUAUUUCACAAUUCUCUGAUAAAAGCAAUAAAAGGUCAGAUAAUGAAGCAAGUGAAAAAACAUAUAUGAGUAGAUCUGGCAGGGCAGUUAAACCUCCGACAAGAUUAAUUGAAACAAUGUAA